AUGGUGUCGUCCCCGUCCCCUUCCCCUCCUACCUUCACUUCUGCGGUGUCCGAGACCAAGCGGCAUGGUGGUGUCCCGACGACGGCCUCGGAGAAGCUGGACCAGAAGUACGCCCACUCCGCGACGCCGCUGCACGGCCACGGCCAUGGCGGCGGCGGCGGUGCCAAGAAGACGCCGCGGCGGGGGAGGAGCGAGGGCGGCGCCGCCGACUCGGCCGCGUAUGUCGCGGCGGUGUCCUGCUCCGACUGCCGCUUCAAGCAGCGCGCCCUGGCGCCGGCGUCGCCGGGAGCCGUCAUCCGCUCGCUGUUCGUGUCCCUCACCCGACGCUCCACUCCGCGCUCCUCGCCGUCUCCCACGUCGGCCUCGGAGGGUGAUGGGGGUGAGGGCGAGCAGUGGCGCCUGGCCGCGGCCGACCUCUCGCGGCGGCUCGCCGCGGCCACGCGGACGCGGGACGACGCGGUGGAGGAGACCUCCCGGCUGAAGCAGUCCCUCGCGGAGCUGGAGCUCAAGCUGGCGCGCCUCGAGGCCCGCGUGCUCCCCACGCCGGCCGCCGCCGUCUUCCCCGUCGAGUCCUUCCUCCGCGCCGUCUCCACGGCGCGCGCCACCGUGCGGAACCUCACGCGCGCGCUCUCCACGCACCUGCGCAGCCCCGCGAGCCCCGGCCCCAACCUCGAGAGCUUCCUCAACCGCGCCUUCCACGCGGACUUCGAGCUGGACACCGAGGGCGACGUCCACACGGCGGACCCGGCGGGCCGGUGCGAGGCCAACCUCGCGGCGUACCACGCCGUGGCGGCGCUGACCUGGGAGGAGGUGCUCGUCCACGGGACGAAGCACUACAGCGACGGGCUGAGCCGGUUCUGCGACGCCAAGAUGAGCGAGGUGGUGUCCUCCCUCGGGUGGGCGCGCGCGCGGCCCUGGCCGGAGCCGCUGCUGCAGGCCUUCUUCCUGGCGGCCAAGGGCGUGUGGGGGGUGCGCCUGCUGGCGCGGUCCGUGCACCCGCCGCUGCCCGUCGUGCGCGUGGACCGCGGCGCGCGCUUCGACUCGCGGUUCAUGGAGGACGCCGCGGCCUCGCGCGCCGGGCGGCUGGAGCCGGCCAGCGUGAAGAUGAUGGUGGCGCCGGGGUUCCACGUGUACGUCGCCGGCGCCGGCGUGGUCAAGUGCAAGGUCGUGUGCUUCUACAACAACGGCCGCGCCGGCGGCCACAUGGGUGGCGGGAGCAGCGGCAACGGCGGCGAGGGGUUGGGCGGUAGCUGUAGCGAUAUGAAUGGUGGUGGUACGGAUGCGGUGAAGAGCUGUCAGAGUAGCAGAGUGUAG